AUUGAUAAUAAAUAAAUAAUAAACAAAUAAGUAAAAAAGUGCAUUUGAUUAUUGAACAAUUAUUCUUAAUAUUUACUGUGUCAUUUUGUUUUAUUCAAACCAUCAAAUUAAUCAACAUUUAUUGUGUGUUGUAAAUUAUUUAGUUCAGUAGUUAUUGAGAAUAUUUUUAGACAUUUUAUAAAAUGAAAAUCAGCAAUAGGAUAAAGACUGGAUCUCCCACUGAAUCCUUCUGUGAGUGUGUUCCACAAAAAGAUUUACAGUGUUCUUGUGGCGAAGAUCAAGAUGUAAAUUGGGCGUGGGAUAAUAAACAUUUAUCAAGACAAACUGUUUUAAGUAACUGCGAUAAAGAUGUUAGAUUUCAUCCUGGUUACAGUUCUGGUACAGCAGCUGUUCGGGGUAAUGUCAUAUGCUUACCUGGGUACCACUAUUUUUGGGAAAUAAAAAUGUUAACUUCUUUGUAUGGAACUGACGUGAUGGUAGGAGUGGGCACAGAAAAAGCAGAAAUUCGAGUAUGGGCAUACAGAUUUUGCAGUGUUCUCGGCCAAGAUGAACACUCAUGGGGAUAUUCUUAUCGAGGUUGUAGACAACAUAAAGGUCAAUUUCAUUCAUAUGGUCCACGUUUCGGUCAAGGUAGUAUUAUCGGCGUUCAUCUUGAUAUGUGUGCUGGAACGAUUGAAUUUUUCCACAAUCGGCAACCAUUGGGAGUUGCUUUCCAAAAUGUUGGUGCAGUUGGUGCACUUUAUCCAAUGGUAUCAUCAACAGCCGCCAGAUCCGCAAUGCGUAUAAUUAAUGCAGUCUCUUAUCCACCAAACUUACAAUUAGAUUGCCUUCUUACAAUAGGAAAAAGUCGUAAAUUAAUCGAUGAAUUAUACACAAUACCCGGAUUGCGAAAAGCAUUGUCUGAAUUUUGGUGGGUAAUGACUUACUCUGCAGACGAAAUGGAUACUUUUAAGAAUAAAUUAGAAAUCAGAAAACGAAAAGCUGAUCCAAAUUGGAAUGACGAACCCGUUAACAUACAGACAAAUUUAUCAUCACAUAAUAUAGUAACACUUAUGCAAUCCGAUAACGUAAGAAUGGCUCUUGUAUUGGUUCCACCACCGCGUUAAGUAGAAUCGAAUAGCAGUAAAAAUAAUUAUCGUGAAGAUUAAUUGUAUCGGGACUGAAUGGUCAAUUUGAUUUUCCGAGAACUCAUAUAUAACUCCGUGUUUAGUUUUUAUGCCAUCGACCAUGAAUAAAUUCCAUUAACAUUUUCGAUUAUUAAUCAUAUUGUAAAUAUUAAUUUUAAUUUGGCGUUUAAAAUCUUACAGUACAAAGCAAUGGAAAAUAAUUUAUAACAGAACGAGUAAUAACUAAGCAGCAAAGGCAGGCAUGUAUUGCAGGUGAACUUAAAGACGUUUCAUUCUAAAAUUUAGAAAUUUAGUCAUUAUAACGUUACAAAACCAAAACAGAGAUAAACAAAUUUCUUAAUGUUUCCUCGAACUUAGUGAAUAUUUUAGCCAACAAUCUAUGUAUGGAUUGUGAAAAUAUUUUUAAAGCCGCACUGCAUGCCUCAACCUCCUUAAUUUAAAUAACCACAAACGUAAUUGUAGUGCACCAUUUAGAAUGGGGUUUCUAGAACAGAAUAAAUAAACAAUAAAAUCAAAUUA